UUCACUCUUAAAACUGUUCCCGUUCAAAAUCCUUAAACAAUAUCUCAAACCCGUUUUAAGCUGGUCGAGCGGAGUGAGACAAUUGUUUUGUCAGCCGGCGUAAGCUAUAUGUGGAAACCACCAAGUAAGUUCAUAAAGCUAAGUGAUUGGAAUUAAAUUCUUUGCUGUUUUCUUAAGGUAGAAUAAAAAUGGAAAGUGUAUUCUUUAAAUUAAAAUAGGUGACAAGGGAAGGGAAUGGAAUGUGACAAGGAACAUGGCAUUGCUACUACUCCUCAUGAUGUUGUUUUGCCUUCAUCCCAUUCAUGCAACACCUUAUCCUUCACAAAAUUCCCAGGUUUCAGACUUCAAUCAAAGCCAUAUUUUUGGAGACGAAGGAAAGAUGGAGCAACUGUCUUCAACUAAACUUGAAGUGAGACAAGAGAUAACAACAGUUCAAAGACGUGGCGGCGGCGGUGGAGGUGGCCAUGGCGGCGGCGGUGGCCAUGGUGGUGGUCACGGUAUCAGUGGGAGAGGAUCACAAGGCGAUGAGACGCAUUCAGGGCAUGGGAAUGCAGCUUUGAUUCCCUUGUAUACUGCUGGUGCAAUGAACCACCACCGUAUCAAUAACAACCACCACCACCAUGGUGCUAACAGUGCCACUCUCAACAGCAGUGGUUGGGCCUACUUGUUCUGUGUUGUCUUGGCCUCACUUUUCCUACUCUCUUCUACAUAGUAAAAUUUUCAAACACUGGAUUGCAUCACUCUCUACUUUUGGAUGUGUAAGAUAUUUAAACUAUCUGAUUUUAUUGUUUGUA